CCCAGUCGUAGUCGCCAUUUUCAGGAAAGUGGAAGGCUAAUACCGUGCAUGUGUGUCUCUUCGGGUCCCCAUUUCCACCAAAAAUAGACAAAUUUUAUUUAGUUUUUUUUUCGUUGUAUAUUAACAAAACCGACAAUAUACCAACGACCCCAAAAGAAUCGGAAACCCCAAGUUUUAAAAGUCAGUGGUUUAACACCCAAAUGGCUUGCUUGAAUACACUCAAGCAGGAGAUAAAAACUCUUGAGUCUGUCUUCCCAAAGAGCCAUGAGAGAUUUCAGAUAAUGUCUGCUAGUGUCGACGAGCUUAGUUGUAGAUUCGUCGGUAAAAAUGGAAAGAAGUACGAAAUACAUGCCAAUAUCACAGAAACGUAUCCAUCUACUCCUCCUGUAUGGUUCGCGGAAUCUGAAGAGACCAGUGUGACAAAUGCUGUACAGAUACUCAGCAACACAACGGGUCGUGAUAACCAUGUUAUUAAUCAAGUAGGGAUAUUGUUAAAAGAGUUAUGUCGGCUGCAUGCUCUGCCAGAGCCACCGGACGUUGAGAGACUCAGGACAGCACUGGAUCCACUUCGACUUGGAGGGACAAACGAUGUUGUUGCACAGGGCAUGGAAGCUGAGGACACUGAGGAGAUUGAAGAGGACGAGGACAGCGAGUCAGAGGAGGAUUUACAUUUGGAUAUGGAUGAAGGAGAAGCCAAUGCGAAGAGUAAGGCUGAUGACAUGGAUCUGGAGCACCUAGCAACAUUAGAAAGGCUGAGACAAAAUCAGAGACAAGAUUAUUUGAGGGGCUCUGUAUCUGGGAGUGUUCAAGCAACCGAUAGACUUAUGAAGGAACUGCGGGAUAUUUACAGGAGUGACAGCUUCAAGAAAGGAAUGUACAGCAUAGAGCUGGUGAACGAAAGUCUCUACGAGUGGAACAUCAGACUCAUGUGUGUGGAUCCUGACUCUCCCCUGCACAAAGAUCUAGUUCUCCUGAAGGAGAAAGAGGGAAAGGACAGUAUCCUUCUGAACAUGAUGUUCAAGGAAACUUAUCCGUUCGAGCCACCAUUCGUACGUGUCGUUCAUCCUAUAAUAUCUGGUGGCUACGUGCUCGUGGGUGGUGCUAUUUGUAUGGAAUUGCUCACUAAACAGGGAUGGAGUUCAGCGUACACUGUUGAAGCUGUUAUAAUGCAAAUUUCGGCGACGUUAGUUAAAGGAAAAGCCCGGAUACAGUUCCAGGGUGCAAGUGGAGCUGGCAAAGUGUGUGGUGGACAGGGACAGUACAGUCUGGCACGUGCACAACAAUCAUUCAAAUCUCUAGUUCAAAUACACGAAAAAAAUGGGUGGUUUACGCCGCCGAAAGAGGACGGCUAAUGGUGAGAGAAAAACAAAGACAAAACCCAACCAACAAUUGAACGAUAAACAAGAGAAAAACAACAGUAACUUGUGAAGAUGAAUCUGACUAUGACGCGUGCUUAUUAUUGAGACUCGAAGUAACGAUUAAACAAAGGAAUGGCGUUACGCCGAAACAAAUAAUUAUUACGAUAAUGAUUUGAUACACAAACACGAGAAACAUUAAUUAGGUAAAACUUAAGGAUAAACAAGAAAUUAUUCAUAACGCUUAAUUCGCCGUUCAUUUUGUCAUUUUAUUUUCUCUUGUGUUUCCAUUGUUUUUUUCUUUUUUUUUCCUUUCUUCACCGAAAUUUCUGUGCAAAAACUAUGUUUGGUAUUCUGUGAGCAUAGAUUUCGAUGAUUGUAUGGACACUGGAUCGUUAUAAAAUUCACUCAGUAUUUCUUGUAUUUGUUAAGAACGUGUUGAAAGGGCUGGAUUGCUCUUCUCGUUUUGUUUGUUAUGGAGAAUAAAGGAAAAUUAACAAAAGUACAACAACGAUGAGCGAUCUAGUUCAAAUGUUAAGGAUUUACGUCGAAUUCUUUGCCUACGACUUUCAUGAUUUAUGCCCAUUCGUUUUCUCGAAUAAAACUGGAAGUGAAAUUAUGAAGGGAGACAAACCCGCCAAUUUCUUUUAAUAAUUACCCAUUUAUCUCGAAAAUUAUCGACUUUGGAUAAAAAUGUUAUAGAACAUUUUUCGAGUUGAUUAGAAUCUCUAUAAAAAAAGUCUUUUCACAUUUUUCCCUGAAGCCGAUGAUUUUCGAGAUAAAUCCAUGUUUACCGGAAACCCGGAAAUUUACACUUGUCUCAUUUUAUAAUUUCACGACCGAAGUUCUCUUUUUUUUUUAUCUCGUUUGAGGGCUUUCGAUGAAUAAACGAGAGAAGAUGAUGACUGAUAUAAAAUUUUCCCCUCAACUGCGAUGUAUUUUCUACCCCCUUUUGUUUUCCCAGAGAAUUUUGUUAGCGAGGACGAGAAUUGAGAUAAAUUUCAUUUUCUCAAAUGAAUCACGUCAACUCCCCUCAAUUAGUUGUUACGAAAAAAAAAGACCAUUGCGUUUGGAGGGAAAGGGUUUUAGUGUAAUUAAGCGAUAUUUUUUUACGUCAUGUGACGAUCGAAUAUUUUCUGAUAAAGCGAAAAAUGAAGAUGAAAAAAAAUAUUGUGUUGUGCUGUUUACGAAUACUCAGUGCAAUUAGUAACAGACAAUUGUAUUAAGUUCUACUGCGAAUUAAAACAUGAGGAAAUUUUUCCGAUUAUGGGUUGUGUUUCGUAUGAAAAAAAAAUGAAGAAAUAAUAGUAGUUAUUAUAGUUAUAAGCCUUGCCAAAGCUCAUCGUUGUUCACAUCCUUUGAACUCGAGUUAUUUGUAACUUUUUGUGUAUCAAGUGCAUUCCUUAUUGGUUAAUUUAAUGAGAGGUGUCAUAACUGCAGACGAGCGUUAUGGAUGUACAUAAAAUACGUAAAUGAUAGUGUAACUUCACUCAUUAUAUUUUCUUUCAUUUUUCCUCCCCUUCAUGUUGGAAAUUCACUGCAGCUUCUCCUUAUUUCACAGUUUCGGGGAGAAGAUGUGUAGAAUCGGAAAAAAAACGCACGAAUUUUCAGUGUAGUUUAGGGAAAUGAAUGAUGGAUUUCAUUAAACAUUUUCAUUUUUGCUGAGUGAAUUGGUCACCUGAGGGUCAAUUUAAUUAUUCUGUUUUUCGUUGUUUAUUGUUGUCAAUCAGUUGCAAUGGGCGAUGGAAUUAUUGUAAACUGCUUGGGCAAUGCUAGUAUUCUACGAGCACAAGCCGUGUAAAUAGGACGAUUCGUGUUAUGCAGUUUUUCUUUAAUUGGUCAGUGCACUGCGAAUGAUUGAGACUCGAGGGAAUUUAGAUUAUCGAUGCGAUGUGUGUGGAAGAUAUUCCAACGUGUGGGUUGACAACAGAACAAUGAAACGAGACGAGAAUCCAUAAAUAGAUAACUGUGGUGUGUAUUUGUGGUAAAGAAUAAUUAGAAGUAAUGGUAAUAAUAACUUCCGUUUUUUGUAACAUA